AGAAGAAGAAUGUAUUGUCAGAGCCGUCAGAGGGGGCAUCGGAAUACCCAUAUUUGUCUUAAACAUCAUCGAAAUUUAUUUAUUGUCGUUUGACUAAACAAAUUGUUGAUAUUGGCGGAGCGAUUAACCCUGUCUAUGUAAUUUUCGCUUCGAACUGUAAGCAUCAAUGGCCAAUCAUUACGAAGUACCCAGUUGGGCUGGCAAAGCACCGCAAGGAAAUCACUUAGAUGUUACCAAGGAUGAUAAGCUAAUUCAAAAGUUGAUGAUUGACGAGAAGAAAUGUUAUUUGUUUGGUCGCAAUCCACAGUUGAAUGACUUCUGCAUCGAUCAUAGUUCAUGUUCUCGCGUACAUGCAGCCUACGUCUAUCACAAGCACUUGAAUAUUUCCUAUUUGGUGGAUCUGGGAAGUACUCACGGUACAUUCAUUGGCAAUUUACAAAUUGAACCGCAUAAGCCGACACAAUUGCACAUAAAUUCAACAUUUCAUUUCGGCGCAUCGACAAGAUACUAUACACUGAGAGAACGACCGGUAGCUGGCUCACGAUCGUCGAACAAUAUAAUGGAAGAUAUACCGAUGACUGAUAUGAGUGAUGGUUCGCUGCUGAUACCGGAAACUCAGAUGGAACUUGAUAACCUAACGGAAUACAAUACGGCACACAAUCGACGAAUAUCAAUGUUAGGAAUAACGGACGACAAUAACGUGAAAAAGAGUGCCAGCAAGAAGAAGAAACGCCGUUCGGUCACAUUCAAUGAAGAAGAAAUCAUUAUCAAUCCAGAGGACAUAAAUCCGGCAAUCGGUCGAUUCCGUAAUCUAAUUCAAACGACCGUUGUGCCGGCAAAACGAGUUAAACUAGACAGCAGUGCCAUGGGAACGCCACAAACAUCGGCCGAAUUGUCGAAACAUAUGCAUCCGCACAAUUUCAUACCGCAACUGUACGAAGAUCUACCGCCGGCAACCGGUGGAGAAAGCUCGAAAAUGGACACCUUUUCGGCUAGUGUUGACAGUGCACCGUCGAUGACCAAUCUUGGAUCGAAAAUGGGUAUAUUCCCGAAUCCUGCGCCAGAAGUAGCACCAACUGUUACCGAAAGUGAGAAUGUACCCACCGCGCAGUUGGUACAAUCGACGCACAAAUUGGUCAAUACUGGAGAGCACGAGCACAUGUCUGAAAAUCUGAGCGAACCGAAGAAGAAGAAAUACGCCAAGGAAGCCUGGCCGGGUCGUAAACCAUUGCUAAAUAGUAGUUUUUAAAACUUUGGAUGCUCAUGUCUAUCCGACACAGCCGUACACUAUUUUUCCUCCCCCAUCAUUUAUACACGCGAAGGAGUUGAUAUCCCCAGGAUCAUACAUGUCAAAUUCAUAAUUUUAAAUAAAAAGAAAAUCUUUGAAAU